GUGAGCCUAACGAAGAUCUACGUCCAAAACUUCCUAGACAAAUGCAAUCCAUUAACAUCACCUAUCAAGUGUAUUCUCCUUAUUAACCGCGAAAUGUUAGCACAAAACCGAAACAACUACACCCAAAACACAGAGCUUCGGGGACUUUUGACCGAGUCUGGGAGUCCACUGUCUAUCCCAGUGUGUUCACAAAACCUCACCGACUGCUACAACGUUGAGCCGAAGCCUUUUGCACGUGGUAAAUUCUCAACAGUCCGGCUUUGUAGCUGCAAGACCAGUGGACAGGCCCAUGCCGCAAAGUACAUCAAAAAGAGACGCCGCUCAGCGAGCGUGCGGCACGAGAUAAUGCACGAAAUAUUGAUCUUAUUAACGUGUAAACCAUGCCGACGAAUCAUUCACUUGAGCGAAGUAUUCGAAAGUCCAUCAGAAAUGGUCUUAGUUCUCGAACUAGCUGAAGGAGGAGAACUCCAGCGACUUCUGGAUGACGAUGUAGUGUUUCUGGAAUCCCAAGUACUUUACAUUAUUAGUCAAGUUUUGGAUGCGCUUUCAUUUCUUCACAAGUUAGGCAUUGUCCACCUAGACAUCAAGCCCCAGAACAUUCUAUUAACUGGUUCUUUCCCACAAUGUGACAUCAAACUAUGCGACUUUGGCAUAUCCCGAUUAGUGUCGGCAGACAUCGAAAUCCGAGAUAUCGUAGGAACACCAGAUUAUGCAG